AGACAUUGUUUACUACACUGGGCAGGAGUCAGUCGUGUGGUCAGAUAAGCACCGGUGCGGGCAGGAAGAGGUCUUGAAGAUGUCGCCUCUCUUGACAUUGGCGUUUUAUUUGUUUUCUGUUGUAACAGCAGUCCUCUCCAAUAAGGUUUACCGCACAGACUAUGAGUACAACAGAUACACAGAUGCGUUCUACAAGCUGCACAUAGAGACUGCCAACCCUGUGAAUGCUGCGAAGGUCUGUGAGGCAGAAGGGGCAGUUCUGAUGCUGCCAGCCUCCCAGCAGGACAUAGCACAGCUCCACGGCAUGUUCAAGAAGUACCCAGACCUGGACAACUUCGUCUGGGUGGCCAAUGAUGGACAGACUCACGAGUCUGCUGAGGAACAACCGUUAAUUAACUUGGAGCCUCCUACAGAGGAAUACGUGCCAUUGUGGCAACGGGAGUGCGAUGCCGUGACGCGGGAGGGUGAGAUCGUGAGCAUCACGUGCUUCCAGGACCGGCCCUUCAUCUGCAAGGUGGAAGCCGCGAAAGCCCCUUACAAUAAGGAGUGCAACGUUUAUGGGAACGAUUUCCAAAGAGCACGCACCAUCAAUAGCUGCUACCGAAUCCCCACUAUAGCCUACACCUGGAAUCAAGCGUACGCGGAGUGCGCAGCGGAAGGGGCUCACCUGGUGGUGCUUAACUCGCAGGUGGAGCAUGACGAGGUCCAGCGGCUGAUGAACUCGGCCCCGAGGGUUCAGGAGGCGAGGGAGACGUGGUUCUUCCACGCAGGCUUCAGGGCGCAGACGACUGAUCAGCAGAGGGUUUUUAAAACCAUUUUCAACGAAACCCUUGAAGAAGCAGGCUACAGCACAUGGGCAGACAACGAGCCCAACAACGCACUCCAGAACGAAAACUGCGGUACUUUGUUCAAAAACGACGGCAAACUCAACGACGUCGACUGUAGCUAUCGCUACGGGUUUAUAUGCGAGAAGGAAAUAACUGCACAGACAUAAUUAACGAUAUAAGAUUGUCAUUAAUAAGGCUACGGUCUCCUAUUAAAUGCUUUAAGGUCUCUACCCGCUACACCGUAUCAUACCAUGACCGUGCUAGGAACGUGUCAGGCACGAAAAGCAACACGAUACG